GUUGGGUCUUCUACAUUCAUUCUACACUACUAGUUUCUCUUUCCUUUUUGUUUGUUAUAUAUAUCAACAACUUGGGUGCUUGAUAUUAAAACUUGUGAAACCGCCGCACAUUAGGAUCACUGUUCAACUAUCCUACCACAGUUUACCAACUAUCAAAAUACCAACUUAGAGGACUAGUAGCCGAGACGGCAAAUUAAAAUCAUACUUUCCUCUUUGAUUUUGGUGUUUAACGCCUAUUUAAUUCAAAAAGAUGGCAAGGCUGUUAACAAAAUCCAAUCAAGUGAUUGAUUUUCUAUCCAACCAGCUUUCUAGAAGAAAUGCUCGACACUUUUGGGAAACUCAAGAGAAUUUAGAAUCGUCUAAUCCUUUACUACAAGAACCACCUGAGAACUAUAACAGUCUUAAUAUUUCAGAUUUACCUCCAUUAUCAAGAAGUGUUACCGUUGCUGAAAAUGAACAGUCUGGAGAGGCAAUAAAAUUGGGAACGUUUGAAGGUUGCUUUAUUCCUACUACUUUAAAUGUCUUAUCUAUUUUGCUCUACUUGCGGUUUCCAUGGAUCGUAGGAGAAGCAGGGGUUUUAAAGUCAUUAUUAAUGCUAGUUAUUAGCUACACCAUAGGAUUCCUCACAAGCUUAUCGAUAUCAGCAAUAUGCACAAAUGGUAUGGUACGAGGUGGAGGUGCGUAUUAUGCCGUUUCUAGGUCCAUUGGCCCUGAAAUGGGUGGUUCUAUUGGCUUUAUUUUUUAUAUCGGUCAGAUUCUAAAUACUGGUAUGAACAUUUCGGGAUUUGUUGAGCCCGUUAUUGGCUUAAUCGGAAAGAAUUCUGGAACAAUUAUUAAACUUUUUCCUGAAGGAUUUUGGUGGAACUUUGCUUAUACUACCGUCGUAUUAAUCCUUUGCUGCAGUUUGUGCUGCUUAGGUUCUGCGACAUUUGCAAGAGCAUCGAACGCACUUUUUUUUAUUAUCAUCCUUUCUACCAUAUCCAUCCCUAUUUCAGCUAUAUUGGUUCGUCCUUUCAAAAAUCCUAGCUUAGAUCUCUUUUUUACAGGAGUGAAAUUGUCAACCUUAACUGAUAACCUUUUCUCUUCAUAUACAAAGGAUUUAAAUACGAACAUUCAAGAGUCUUUUAAAAGUACAUUUGGUGUUUUUUUUCCUGCAAGCGCUGGUUUAUUAGCUGGUGCGAGUAUGUCCGGUGAUCUGAAGGCUCCUUCUCGUGCAAUUCCUAAAGGAACUCUUUCUUCUUUAUUUACAACGUUUCUCUUAUACUUGACUGUUAUCCUUUGUAUCGGUGCAUCCGUUACUCGAUCAGGCCUUUUGUUCGACAUGGAAGUCCUUGAACAUAUCAGUUUGCAUCCUUUGCUUAUCAUUUCUGGAAUAUUAGCCAGUGGUGCCUUCAGUUCUUUUAUGGGAAUCUUUGGUGCUGCAAAACUGCUUCAAGCAAUUGCCCGGGACGAUUUAAUCCCUGGUUUAUUUCUGUUUGCCAAAGGCUCUGGACAGCAAGAUAUACCAUUUCGAGCCAUUUUGCUAACUUAUUUCAUUACUCAAAUUAGUCUUUAUUGGGACAUAAACAUGCUUUCUUCGAUGAUAACAAUGACCUUUCUCUUAACUUUUGGCUUUAUAAACUUGGCUUGCCUUUUAUUAAGAUUAAGCAGCACUCCUAAUUUUCGUCCUACCUUUUCGUUCUUCAAUCGGUUCACUACCGGAUUCGGUUGUGUUUUGUCAUUUGGCAUAAUGUUUUAUAUUGACCGAAUAAAUGCGUUUGCCUCGUUUCUAAUUGCGGGAUUACUAAUUUUCGUUAUAUACUUCACGAGUCCCCCAAAAAAUUGGGGAGAUGUUUCGCAAGGAAUCAUUUAUCACCAACUUCGAAAGUAUCUUCUGCACACCAAUAAAGCAAAAGAGAAUAUCAAAUAUUGGCGUCCUCAAAUUUUAUUGCUCGUUAACAACCCAAACCGCUCGGAGAAUAUAAUUCGCUUUUGCAAUUCUUUGAAAAAAGGGUCUCUUUACAUUUUGGGGCAUGUUAUUGUGUCUAAGGAUUUUCAGGGAAGUAUGGAAGAAUUAAGAAAACAGCAGCAACUAUGGCACGAAUUCAUCCUUGAGAGAGAUAUUAAGGGGUUUGUUGAUCUUACUGUUGCACCAGACGAAGUGUGGGGAAUUCGUGGUCUUAUUUCGUCGGCUGGUUUGGGAGGUAUACGACCAAAUAUCGCCGUACUCACGUUUAUUAAUACAAGAUAUAAAAAAAUUGAUGCAGCUAAACGUAAAAGUCUCAAGGAUGAUGAUGAUUCCUCAAGUACGGAAGAUAUGACAGAAUCUCAGAUAGCCGAACAUGCAAUUUUACCUGUCAAAUGGGUUCAAAUUUUGGAAGAUAUUUUAGCUGGUCUCGUGGACGUGAUGGUGACUUAUGGAUUUGAUCGACUGCAAUGGCCUCAGACAAAAGGAACAAAGCGAUACAUUGAUAUGUUUCCGGUACACAUGGCGUCGAAUCUAGAAUCAAAUAGGAACAAAACAAGGCCCAUGUAUGCUACCAAUUUAGAGACUUAUACAAUGGUUUUCCAAUUAAGUUGGAUAUUGCAUACGUCACCUGAAUGGAAGCAAGGUUGCACAUUACGGCUACUUACUAUUGUUGAACAUGAAGAUGAAAUUGAGGCUGAAAAACAAAGUUUGCAGCAAUUACUAGAGACAUUCCGGAUGAAAGCUGAGAUAAAAGUCUUAUGUCUGUGCUUGAGCAAUUUAGAUGCUUAUAGGUAUAUUCUAAAAAAUGAGCCCAUUUCAGCUGAGAAAUCCGCUAAUAUAGAGUUCCUGCUGAAAGAUGAUCUUUGGUGGAAUGAACUUUCUAGACACCGUAAUAAUUCAACGACCUGUUCAAAAAGUACUAUAAUUCAACGAAAGGUUUCUAAUUACAGUUUUGGAUCAUCUAGUGUUGGGCAACUAACUGCUCCGCCAUUGAGCAUUCCUUUGAGUUUCCGACUUGGUCAAUCCCUAAAACCAGAUCACCCUUUUACUCGAUCUUCGAUGGAAAAUGAAUACUAUACUCCUCCUAAACUUCAUCGAUAUUACUCUGAUAGUACUGUUGAAUUACCUAAUGACACUCCACCGCAAUCACCUGAGGACUAUGAUGAUCAAAGCAUAGAAAGCAAAGAAGAGAAUUCAGAUAAAGACGCUGAGUUAACCUUUAAUAAUCUUUCUUCAAGAGCCCAGUACAUCGUUAUGAAUGAAAUGAUUCGGGAACACACAGAGAAUACAGCAGUAUUAUUUACUGUUUUACCGGCACCUCACGCCAAAACACAUGAAAACUUUACCAAGUCUGAACAAUAUGUGGAUGAUUUGCUUAUCUUUAUGAAGGGGUUACCUCCAUGUGGAUUAAUCCACUCCAAAAGCCUGACCAUUACGACAGCAUUAUAGAUUUUUUGGCAGAACUAUACCGAAUAACUGUACUUUAUUUAUUCAUGAAAUUAAUUAUUUAUUUUUUGAUUUUCCUACAUAAACAUGAUGUUGAAAUGUAUGUAGAAAAACAGAAGGGCC